CACACAUACACACAGAGUGACAUAUUUUUUGUUAUAUUUUUAUUUGCAUUUUGAGGUGAAAUUAAUCUUAACUUGACUUCCGAAAUGCAUAAGUAUAUUCUAUAUCUGGUAGCAGUUUAUGACGCACUAUGGGAUUUGAAAACUGUCAGAGGAGAAUCUUCGACAUUUUCUAUAGUUGGGGUUCAUGGGAAAUCAGUCUGCCUUCCUUUUGGAGUCUCAGAAGAUUUCCUUGAAAUCGAAUGGAAAUUCAAGAUGUUAGACUCCCAAGAUUAUAGAAUGCUUGGCAUUUCCCAUUCCUUGAAUAGGCUUAAAAUAUAUAUGGAGAGGUUUCAGUCAAGAGUGAAAACAGAUCUUCCUAACUGUCCUUUACAGAUUAGCAAUUUACAGUUAAAUGACAGUGGAACUUAUCGAGCGGCGGUUAUGAUGACAGAAGGAAUGCAGAAAAAGAUAUAUACUAAUCUUACUGUCUAUGAUUAUGUUUCUAGUGUGAAUAUCAGACAGUUAGGAGAAUCCGACUGUCUAAUGGCUAACACCAAACCCCAGGACUGCCAGAUGUGUAAUAUUACCUUUAACUGUCAAGCCCAAAGAGGAAACCAUGUGGUCUACGUCUGGCAGCGGGAUGAUAGAAACAUCAGUAGCUAUUCCCUUCUCUCCCUCGGAAAAGGAUCGACACUGGAAUUGUCCCUGCUUCCUGAAGACAUGAAUGCAUCAUACAGCUGUACUGCUUGGAACGCCAUCAGCUCAAAUGCUGUAGUACAAAUAAUGCCCUGGGACUACUGCAGAAAGAAACUAACUGGACAAGACAUAAUAGUAUUCCUAACCUUACUGCUGGGCUUAUGUCUGGGGUUUAAAAUUGCCACUGUGUUCAUCAUUUGCACGGUCAUUUACAAGACACAGAAAAUGCAGGAGUAAUACAAAACACAGCAAAUUAAGGAUGAAUUUCUACACGACAGUGAAGGGGAAUUGGAAUCCUACCUGUACUACGAGCUAAGACAUUAAAAGCACAUUGUGCUGAAACAUCCUAAUGACAACAUGGAAGUUAUCAAUGUUUUUGAAUAACUAUGGAAACAGUUGCAUAGGUGUGCUGGGUUAAUAAAAUGCCUUAUUUACAUAAAGAUAAAAA